GAGGGAGGGUUUCUUCGGUCCGUACUGUUCCUCCAUCCACAAGGUAUGGAGAAUCUCUCGACUCUCUCUUCCCAUCCUGAUACGAUUCCCAUCAAUCGAAUUGCUAGAAAGUUUUCAUUCCGUUUGUUUUAUAAUCAUGGGUGAUUUUAUCUCUUGAUGCUGAAUCUGCAAAUUCUUUACUUCUCUCGUAGCGAUAGAUCUCCACAUCCAGGAAUUAGAUUGAUUGAAUCUGUGAAUUCUUGACUCCCCACUGUAAUGGAUUCCCAAGAAAACCAAAAUUCGCAUCACCCUCUGCAACGCGAGCAAAGUCACCCUCAUUUCUUCAAGUUCAGAUUCUUGUAUUUGUUGUCAGUUCUAGUUUUGCUUCUAGCAAUCUCGUCCAGUUUCAUCAACACAGAGUAUUACCAGCUUUGGAGGCUUCUUUACGCCAUGCCAUCCAACGAACAAAACUCUUCACCAAACCCUAAUUCCAAAUCCCGUUCUUGUGUGCUAUGGAUGGCUCCUUUUGUUUCGGGUGGUGGGUAUAGCUCAGAAGCUUGGUCUUAUAUCUUAGCCCUAGACAAAAAGAAAGAAAGCCUUAGGUUUAGGUUGAGUAUUGAUCAGCAUGGUGAUCAGGAGGAUCUGGACUUUUGGGAUGGUUUACCAAAGGAGAUGCAAGAUUUGGCUCUUGAGCUUUACCGAACAGAAUGUCCCCUGGAUGAUGAUACCAUUGUGAUAUGUCAUAGUGAGCCCGGUGCUUGGUACCCUCCUUUGUUUCAGACACUGCCAUGCCCGCCAACCGGCUAUGGCGAUUUUAGGUUUGUAAUUGGUCGGACUAUGUUUGAGACUGAUAGGUUGAGUCCCGAGCAUGUUGGGCGGUGUAAUCAGAUGGACUCUGUGUGGGUUCCUACUGAAUUCCACGUAUCCACAUUUGUUCAAAGUGGGGUCGAUUCAUCAAAGGUUGUAAAAAUUGUUGAACCUGUUGAUGUUGAGUUCUUUGACCCUGAUAAGUGUAAGCCAUUAGACCUGGCUUCUAUGGGGACUCGAGUAUUGGGCUCAACAACUUCAGCGAAUUCGAAUUUUGGCAAGGAUUUUGUUUUCUUGAGUGUUUUCAAGUGGGAAUACAGGAAGGGCUGGGAUGUGCUACUGCAGGCGUACUUGAAGGAGUUCUCCAUGGGGGAUGGAGUUGCUUUGUAUUUGUUAACAAAUCCGUAUCACUCUGACAGAGAUUUUGGUAAUAAGAUUUUGGAUUUUGUUGAGAAUUCUGAUUUAGUGAAACCGAUUAAUGGUUGGGCUCCUAUUUAUGUGAUAGAUACUCAUAUACCUCAGGUUGAUUUACCUAGAUUGUACAAGGCAGCUGGUGCAUUUGUUCUUCCAUCAAGAGGGGAAGGAUGGGGCCGGCCUAUAGUGGAGGCAAUGGCAAUGUCAUUGCCGGUGAUUGCAACAAAUUGGUCUGGGCCGACCGAGUAUAUUACAGAGGAAAAUAGCUAUCCAUUGCCCGUGGAUGUUCUGAGUGAAGUAUCUGAAGGACCAUUCAGAGGGCAUCGAUGGGCUGAACCUUCUGUUGAUAAGCUUCAAGUACUAAUGAGGCGUGUGAUGAGCAAUCGUGAAGAAGCUAAGGCCAGAGGAAGCAGAGCAAGGGAAGACAUGACCAAUAGAUUCUCUCCUGAGAUUGUUGCUGACAUUGUUAUCGACCACAUCCAACAGAUAUUUAACAAGAGUGCGGCUUGAGACGUCGUUUUCUUUUACUAUGCCAGGCUGGGGUUUCGUGACGAGCAAUGCUCGUCUUACUAAAAACUUGCUCCACAAUGGGAGUUCCUUUUGUUGAGGCUGCUGGAGGAGCUAUUGAGAAGCUGAUUACAAGUUCAGUGCGUACAAGUACAUUUCUCAUAUGAAUUAUGCAUAAUGCAUUGUUACAGAUGGAUUUGCUCCUGCCUCCUAGGGGCCGGGAGAGUGACUCCAUGGAAAACAAGCAUAUUAAUUUAAUGGGAAGGUGCUAAUAGGAUUUUGGAAAUUCAUGAUUAUGUGCUCUAUUUAUUUUACUUCUAUGAACAACCUAGGCAUGAAGAAGUGAUUCUAGUUGAAAUUAUGCUCAACUUGCAAAAUUAAGAACGGAGAUUUUAGAUAUUCCCGUCCUGUCCUGUCUCACGAUCGAAGUCUUGAAACCUUUUACAGAAAACAAAUUUUUUUUGUGGGACUGAGCUAUUUGUCUGCCUUGGUUCACACAAUUGCUGAAUAUUGUCCCUAGAUCAUGCAUGUAAGAUGGCAGAGGACUCGAACUCAACUUGAAGGAUGCCGGUUUCAUGGUCAUGGACUCAUGGCUUUCCUUGAAUAUUCGAGAUACGCAUUGCAGAAAAACUUGCUCUUUCUCAUGUCGACUGGUGGGAUAGCGUGGGACUUGAAGGACACCGGUUUUAUGGUCAUGGCUCUCCCUGAAGAUUCAAGAUGUUUGCUGCAGAAAAACCUGGUUGUUAUCGUCGAUGCGAUUAUCUCCUUUCCAUGUUUUCUCUGUAUUGGCUUGCAACGGGCUCUGGCAUUUCCUGGAUCCUGCAAUAAUGGUGGUAAUCUCCUGCCCUGAGUUGCUCCUUGAUAGACCUGUAAAUGCAACAAAAGGCAUGGUUGGAAAGGAAGGCUUUGAUCUGUCAGUCUUUUUACCCAGAGAAAGUGUGAAUUUGAUGUAAUUUUUCUAACUAAUCAUGUGAAUGAGUAACCUUUGUUGGGGGCAAAAAAACAGAAAGAGAACUGAACUUGAGGUCUUCUUAUUAAUUCA